AUGCAGGGCCUCAGCACCAUCAUGCAGGAGAACGCCGAGGGCCUGAAGGACCUCAUGCCCGAGGAGCGCAAGUCCAUGUGGCGGACGGCCGAUGAGCGGCGCAUGUCGGACCUCACGCGGGUGAUGGAGUGGCUGGAGCGGCGGCGGGGGAGGAAGGUGUCACUGGCGCAGAAACAGGCGCAGGCGCAGGCGCAGCCCCAGCCCCAGCCCCCGCCGCCCCCGCCGCGCAAGGUCUGUCUCUCUGCCCCCCAGAAAGUCAACAAGACGCCCUGGAUGCCCGUGAAGACCCUGGGGAAGGAGGCCAAGAAAGCCAAGGCCAUCGCGAAGAAGGCGAAGGAGAAAGCCCGCCAAGUGACCUUCGAGCAGGUACCCAAGCUGAGCCGGCCGGAGGACGCCGCCUCCUACCGCCGGCUGUUCAGCGCGGAGCAGAAGGGGAAGCGCCUGAGCAUCGUGCCCGGGAGCUACACCAAGGAGAGCCUGGGCAAAACCGUUUCAGAGCUGGAGAUGAAGGACUCGCUGUCCACGGAGCCCGCCCCGCGGCUGAUGUCCUUCCACCACCAGAGCAUGACGGACCCCAUGCUGCAGGACACCCUCUUCGGCGCCCGCAAGUCCACGCUCCUGCGCGAGUGGAUGGGCAAGCUGCCCGACACGGCCUACGAGCGCCGCAUCAAGAGCCUCAUGGAGAAGGGCGUGGAGCCCAAGGUGGAGAUGGUGCGGGCGCUCAAGCCCGAGGAGGUGCUGAGCUGCCGGUACCUGCGUCUGUCCAAGAACAACAUCCGCACGCUGCUCAAGCUGUGUACGGACGCGGGCAUGGCCGUGGACAUCCACCCCCACAUGGUGGAGUCGGAGAUCGACGCCAAGAAGGUGUUCGCCCCGUACCCCAGCGUGUCCCUCUGAGCCGCACCCCCAGGCUCCCCC